AUGUCUUCGCCUUCUGCCUCCGCCGCGUCUCUCUCGAAUCCAUCCCCCUCCACUUCGGCCUAUAUGGUCCCCUCGACAUAUAAUUCAUACCAGUCGUCCUCCGACGAGGAGAUUGCGUCGUUGCCGUCAGAAACCACUGCAGAGUCGGACCUGGAGGACGAUCUGAGUCUGUCGGGCUACUCGGACGCGGAGGAGCAGUGGAGAGAGAGCAUUCAACAGCUGGAGUUGCUGUUGACGAUGGUCAUCGUCCCGUUUAUCGGGAAAUAUUUCGGCAGGAAAUGCGCCUACUGGGGUUGGACAAAGUUCAUGGAAUGGAAGUAUCCCAUCGAAGUCGUCAUGACGAACAAAGCCGAGUUCCGAACAACUGGGGUCGCUGCCGCAGCCUCUCUCUGA